CCCUUGUCAUUUUAAUUUCUCUUGGCAUCAUCAUUCUCUGUUUUGAUGAGAUUAAAAUUAUGCGUGGGGUGACGUUUUUAUUUGUAAGGUAUAGGAGUAGUUUCAAAUUUUAAUAUUUAACAAAUAAAUUCUCACAUAUUCCUGAAGUUAUUCGAAGUAUAAAACAAGUUGUAUGUGCACAUUUUAAGAUACAGUAAAAAAAGUUGUUGCGUAAUAUUGUUAAGCUUUGUCAUACUAGAUUUUUAUCCAGCAAUUUUUUCAAUCAGGUAUGUUUUCGAAACCAGAUGACCAAAUUAUAAAAAAACCUCCAAGAUGUUUGGUUCAUUUAUGGGAGUUUUUACUUGAAAUGUUAAUGGAUGAUUCGUUUACAUCGAUAAUCGAAUGGACAGACGAAAUAAAUGGCGAAUUCAAGAUAAAAAACUGUGAAGUUGUUGCAAAGAAAUGGGGCAAACGAAAACAGAAAUAUAACAUGAACUAUGACAAAUUAAGCAGAUCGUUGCGAUAUUAUUAUAAAAAAGAUAUCAUUCAAAAGAUUAGUGGACGUAGAUUUGUUUAUAAAUUUAUUCAAAAUUCUGAAAUGAGAAGAGCGGUUGACACAAUCAAAACGAGUAUGAUGCGUCAAGGUCAAAGGAAUGUAUCUGUGGGUCCAUUCCAAAAUUAUCAACUAUUAACAAAAAAACCAACUAUAUUCAAACAAAAUAGUUCCAAUGUCAAUGACGAUAACUUCUACCAGUCUUCUCCAUCAUCCCAACAGUCAUCUGAAUCCUAUCAGUCAUCUUCACCUUCUCCGCCGUUCAAUGAACCAGAGGUGUUUUUCAACCCUGAAAAAGAGCUGAAUAUUUUUGAAACACCCAGUUUAUUGUUUAGCAACAAUAACAUCAAAAAUAAUUAUCAUGAAGAGAAAAGUAACUUUUUCAGUCCGAGUAUUGCUUCAGAUAUAGAACAUACUUUGCAUGCACCUUUAUUUGACAAUGAGAAACAACUUUUAGAUUACAAGAACAACUCAACUAUUAAUGAUAGUUCAAGCAACAAAGCUUUUUGUCUAGUAAAUAAAUCAAACAAUUCUAACUUAAAUAAAAGGGGUGUUUUAUCAGAACAGUUUAGAUUUCAGGACGAGAUUAUGAAUGACUAUAACAAAACGCGUCAAAAAAAUGCUUCAAAAAGUAAAACAUCUUAUGAUACAAACUCUUUGAAAGACAGUUUUUAUAAAGAAAACAAAAAUAAUUAUUCUUGUUUUUCACUAGAACAUUCUGUUCAAGCAAAUCAACAUUUUCAAUACGAUAGACAAAAAACUCCAUUUUUUGAAAAAUAUGAUAGUAAAAAAAAACUAAAACCUAUUGAAAUUGCAAAUGAAUUAAAAUUAAACACACGCACAAAAAUUUAUGUACCUCAAUCAGUUAGCUCUUCAAUUGUUAAACCUACAGUAAUUAGAUUUAGCGAGGUUUUAGAUUCGCUAAAUGACGCUCAAAUUGAAUUAGACCAAAAAAAUAUAUAUAAUUCUACUGAAAUAACUAAAAGCGAUGAACACUUUUUUACUUACCCUGUGAUAAAUCGUUUGUUGCAAUCAAAAAAUGUAAACGGUCAAUCUAGUGCAUCACCUCGCGUUUCGCCUGACAUUUCUGCUUACCAACUUCCUCCUGGGUAUGUUCUUUGCAAAUACGUUCCUCUGAUUGACGCCUCUACUCAAACAACACAUGUAUCUGAACAGUACACAACUUCGGUUAUUACAUCUAGAAAAUAAUUAGACAAACCGAUUUAUAUUAGUUUUAAAAACUAACCGCAUUAAGUAACUAUAUUUUAGAUGUCGUUAUGUCGUAAAGUAAAGUUUAUACUCUACGUAAUAAUUAAGGUAAUGAAAAAAACUUUAAAAAUCAGAUGUAUUAAAAUCCAUGAGUAAGAAUGCUUGUUUUGAUUCAUUUUAA